AUGGCAAAGGCUCUACAACAUGCCUCUUGGUGUAUCAAUGGACACUACCUCUCUGUUCGAAGGAGGGAGCCUAAUUUUGUUGCUAUCAAAGAUAAAGAAGUCCACUCAGCUGUCUGGGUUCGCCUUCUACAAUUACCCACAGAGUUCUAUGAUGGAAUAGUGCUUGAAAGGAUUGGAAACUCAAUUGGCAAGCUGUUAUGCAUAGAUGUUUGUACAAGCUCAACACUCAGAGGAAGGUAUGCGAGACUAUGUGUGCAAGUACCACUAGACCAUCCCGUCCAAACUGCAAUUCAAAUUGGCUAUCAUAUACAACAACUACUGUAUGAAGGUGAGAGUUUUUUAUGUAAGGCUUGUGGUAGACUGGGUCACACAAUACCAUCAUGCUUCUACUCUACAAUAGACACACUGAAUCAGACACAAGAAGACCCCUGGGUUAUCUCCUCCAACUCCACAGGCAAGGGGAAAGCAGAUGAGGAUCUAUGGAAAACAGUCUCAUUUCCCAAAGGAAACAAACAAAAAUGA